AAAAAAAAAAAAAGGGAUCAAGCCUAGAUUUGUAGCCCCUAGAACCGGAUAAUAAAACAGUUUGUAUUUCGAGCUGAAACAACUCGCUGACAAAAAUGAGAUUGAUAUAUCCACGUUUAUUAGUUGUUGUUCCAUACGUGAAUACCAAAUGUCUACUACACGCAAGCUUUCACCAGAAAAAGCAGUUCUAAGCGAUCAGAACUAGAUCGAGAGCCACUGUUGGGAUCUUCGUCGUGUUCCAUGGGCGAACCUCGAAAAUACCAGGUGUCGUUGCGCGGAGCGAGCACGAAGGAGAUUUCAAGGGAUGCUCUUCUUGAGAAGGUCUCCCAAGAAAGGGAGCUUCGAAAUUACACAAGACGUGCCACAGCAGCUGCACUCUUUAUACAGAGAAUUUGGAGGCGCCACAAUGUCACAAAGAUGGUAGCCGAGCAGCUUCGACUAGACUGGGAAACAAUGUUGAAACAUGAUGCUGUUUCCUUAAAUAGAACGUGGAUUUCCAACAGUUUCCUCAGACCUUUACUUUUCUUUAUCACAUAUUUAUCAAUUCGAUGUCAGAAAAUUCAAGCCAGAGAUAUAGAAUGUAUGCAGAAUUGCUUCAGAAUUCUAUUGGAAAGCAUAAAGUCAACUGAUCCACAGAAGAAUUUUUGCUCUAUGGCAACUGGUACACUUGAGGAGAGAAGGACAUGGCUUUUUCAAGCACAAAAGCUUGUUUCUUUGUGCUUAUCUAUUCUUGGAGAGUGUGAUAAUUCCGUUCAAGGGGGUCAAGAUAUUGUUGCUCUUACUUCUCUAGCAGUGCGUUUUGUUGUCGCGUUGACUGAUCUUAAAGGAUGGAAAACCAUUACUGAUGAUAAUCGUAAAGAUGCAGAUAAAGCAGUUAAGGAUUUAAUUCGGUUUAUGGGAAGUAAGAAAAGUGGGAUGUACAUUUGUAUUAGAAGAUACAUUAAUAACUUAAAUGCUCCAUCUUUGCAAGUAAACUGUUCUGGGCUGACAGAUGAUAGAUUCUUGAUUACUGCAAGUGCACUAACUUUAGCCUUGCGGCCCUUUCAUAUUGGAAACUUGGAUUCAAAUGGACUUGGCCUCUUGGAUGUGGAAUAUGCUGCUGAGCAAUGCUGUGUAUUUAUACUUACAAUCCCUUGGCUUGCUGAACUUCUACCAGCAGUACUCUUACCUGCUCUGAAGCACAAGUCUGUUCUAUUACCUUGCUUCAGGACGCUACUGAUCUUGAAAGAGAAAAUCUUAAAGGAGAUUACUGAGGUGGAACAGUUAAAAAUCACCUGUUCCAAGGUGAUGCCACAAGUUGGUUGGCUCCUUGCAAACACUAUAUACCUUGCAAUGGGGAGUGAAGACAAUUCUGUGGGUCCUGGAAAGCUCACCGAAGGCUUAGACUCAUACGUCCACGUGGUUAUCAUCCUUGCAGAGAGCUUACUAGCUUGGUUUGAGAAUGUUGGAUGGCUGAAAAAGGAGAACCAAGAAUUCCAAAGUGAUGUUGAAACUUCUGCAGAAUCCAUUGACACACUGUUGUGUGAGACUCAGAAAGCUUACAAAUCCUUGAACAUGUCGUACAUGGAUUUUUACAGGCCUGUUUGUCAGCAAUGGCAUCUUAUGAAACUUCUAACCUUGGAAAAUGAUGCUACUGCUCAUGGAGCUGAUAAUCCACCGGUAAGCAUUGAAUGUCAAGGGAAGUGUGAACUGCUUGGUGUUGCAUGUUAUUAUUCUUACAUGCUGAGAAUAUUUUCUGUCAUGAAUCCCGUGGUUGGGUCAUUGCCUGUUCUCAACAUGCUGUCUUUUACUCCUGGAUUUCUUGUCAAUCUGUGGGGAGCACUGGAAAGAUCCGUUUUUCCUGACAGAAGUCACAUUGCUAAGGAUCAUUAUCACUGCGGAAGUAAAACUUCUGAAAACCAGAAUGAUGGGGUUCUUGAGAGAAAGCAGAAGCGGUUUGCUAAGGAUGGAAGCAGCAAGUGGGUUACUGUAUUACAUAAAAUCACUGGCAAAUCACAAGCAGAUGAUGAUUAUAUAGAUCCAAGUCAAUCUACACAGGUCAAUGAAGAUUCUUGUGAUGUGUGGGAUAUAGAGUCUUUGAGGCAGGGACCAGAAGGUGUACCAAAAGAUACUUCCUGUCUGCUUCAUCUCUUUUGUGCCGCCUACUCCCACUUGCUGUUAAUUCUAGAUGACAUAGAGUUCUAUGAAAAACAGGUUCCUUUCACAUUGGAGCAACAACGUAGAAUCACAUCAAUGCUUAAUACAUUAGUGUAUAACGCCUUGUCUCAUAGUGUUAGCCAGCAGAGUAGACCUCUUCUGGAUGCUGCAGUUAGAUGCCUGCAUUUGUUGUAUGAAAGGGAUUGCAGGCACCAGUUUUGUCCCACUGCUCUGUGGCUUUCACCUGCUAAAAAUAAUCGACCUCCAAUUGCAGUGGCUGCCAGAACUCAUGAAGUCUUCUCAACUACUCUAAGAGUUGAUGAUACUUUCACUAUUCCAAGCAUGGGUUCUGUCAUUACGACUACCCCACAUGUCUUUCCAUUUGAAGAAAGAGUUCAAAUGUUCAGAGAGUUUAUCAACAUGGACAAGGUGUCCCGAAGAAUGGCUGGUGAAUUGGUUGGACCUGGUCCACGAUCAGUUGAGAUUGUGAUUCGACGUGGUCAUAUUGUUGAAGACGGGUUUCAACAAUUAAAUUCUCUUGGAUCAAGAUUAAAGUCUAGCAUCCAUGUUUCAUUUGUUAGUGAAUGUGGCCUUCCCGAGGCUGGACUAGACUAUGGUGGGUUAUCGAAGGAGUUCUUGACUGAUAUAGCAAAAGCUGCCUUUGCCCCGGAGUAUGGGCUGUUCUCUCAGACCUCAACUUCAGACAGACUUCUAAUACCUAAUACAGCUGCAAGAUCUCUAGAGAAUGGUAUCCAGAUGAUCGAGUUUCUUGGGAGAAUUGUUGGAAAAGCACUUUAUGAAGGAAUAUUACUAGAUUAUUCCUUUUCACAUGUUUUUGUACAAAAGUUGUUAGGCCGCUAUAGCUUUCUUGAUGAACUAUCAACUCUUGAUCCGGAGCUUUACAGGAAUCUCAUGUAUGUAAAGCAUUAUGAUGAUGAUGUCAAGGAACUCUCUCUGGAUUUCACAGUUACAGAAGAAUCAUUUGGCAAACGGCUUGUUAUUGACCUUAAACCUGGGGGCAAGGAUGUAUGUGUGACGAAUGAGAAUAAGUUGCAGUAUAUUCAUGCAAUGGCUGAUUAUAAACUUAAUCGACAGAUCCUGCCUUUAUCAAAUGCAUUCUAUCGAGGGUUGACUGAUCUUGUAGCCCCAUCUUGGUUGAAGUUAUUUAAUGCAAGUGAAUUUAAUCAGUUGCUUUCUGGUGGAAACCAUGACAUUGAUGUUGAUGAUUUGAAAAAUCACACACGGUACACUGGUGGUUAUUCUGAAGGGAGCCGAACGGUUAAACUCUUUUGGGAGGUAAUUAAGGGAUUUGAACCGAAAGAGCGCUGCAUGCUUCUCAAGUUUGUAACAAGUUGUUCUCGAGCUCCAUUACUUGGGUUUAAACACUUGCAUCCAACCUUUACUAUUCAUAAGGUUGCAUGCGACGUGCCUCUUUGGGCAACGUUCGGAGGACAGGAUGUGGAGCGGCUUCCUUCAGCUUCUACAUGUUACAAUACUCUCAAGCUUCCAACCUAUAGACGUCCAAGCACUUUAAAAGCCAAGCUUCUGUAUGCAAUCAAUUCUAAUGCAGGAUUUGAACUUUCAUAGAGAUUUGUGACAAAUUACUGUUUGAGGUUCAUUACCUUUUUCAAAAGGUCUUACGAUCAGACGAGUGGCUGGUUGAUAUUGAAGAUCACAAAGUUCUGAGACCAGGUAUCUUGUUCUGCAAAUCUAGAGAUGUACUCUCUCGUGUGCUUCUUCGUUCAGUCUUUGCAACUCACUAGUUGCUUCCUGAGCUAAACAAGAUGAUGGUUGCUACCAAACAUUAAGUUGGCAGUAGGAUUGUCAUCCAAUCUUCCUUACUCCCAGCUCAUAUAGAUUUUGCCAAAAAGUAUAUUCUUUCAUGUAGAAAGACGCUUAUGAUGUGUUGAAAGGAACAUUUUUUUUUUUUGUUUUGGGGCAAACUUCAUGUUGAGUUUCUGUAUAUAUUUCCGGUUCACUUACCAUUUAAGAACUUAUUUUACUACAACUUGAGGGUAACACUGCCAUUGUAAUGCCAACUCCUAUGCUGCUCCAAUAUGGAGCCUAUGGUGAAUGCUGGAAUUAGAAUGCCUCCUACCUUAUUUCUGUAUUACAAA